AUGACUUCUAGUUCAAUUCCACUUGUCGUCCAAGUCAUGCCUCUGAAUGACGAUGAGGUAAUUCAGUAUCUCGACGCUCACCCAGACAUCUUGCAUCGGUACUUGACAGAGCGAGCUGGUCUUGCCGAAUCGUUGUUGAGAGCGCAUGCACCACCACCACCACCAGAUAAUAACAACGUGGCAAGCACUUUCCAAGAGAACAACGAUGUUGUCGUGGAGGACAACAGUGCUUCUCUUUUAGGAAGACAUGUCUCUGUCGACUCGGUGUCGGACUUGUUCCCAUUGUUUGAAUUCGGUGACGAACAGACCUCCAUCAACAUGGAAGAAGAAACCAACGAUAUUGACGACGGUCUGUGGGAGGCUGAUUAUGAUAUUGACGACGACGACAAUCUGUUUGGUGGUGAGGGGUCUGACGAGCUUGAUCAUUGGGCUAGUCCUGAUACCAACUCAAGUCAUGCUAGCGAGGGAAGCCUCGGUGACAUCGAGACCUUGGAGGCUGGUGAAUCCCAAUACGACCUCCAAGCCAGUCAACCUGAUUCCUCCCAGGAAGGCACUGCCUCUAAUCAACACUCCUCUUCUCCAUCACAAUCUGGCUUCCCGUCGACCGCCUCAACACCGAUGCCGAUGCCGAUGCCGAUUCCUACCGAACCCCAACCUUCUGUUCCUCAGAACACCACUUCCUUGCCGUAUCCGGCUCCUGAACGGCUCGUUGCUGCCUCCAGAUCCGAGCCCAAGGGCAAGAAAUGGCGGCUCUUCGAAGAGGAGUCGUGCAUUCGCCAUAUGCUAAGUAUACGAGAUGAGGGCAUAUUGCAUGGAGAAGAUCGGUUCCGAGAAGCACAAAGACGCAUGGCACACGUCGAUGGUAUUCAGAAAGAUGCCAAAUAUGCCGUCAAGAAUUUCUGGAAUCGCGUGGGACGUGCUCGCUCGGGAUUUGAUGAGCGGAAAAACCAAAAGGCACCUUUGGCGACUUCCCAGCAAGGCAAAACAGCACGAGCAUCUUCUUCAGUGUCAAGCGCAACCCCUCGCAAACGAAAGAAUGUAUCCAAGGCCACGAAGACCAAACGCAAGUACGAGAGCGACUCAGAAGACGAUACUCCAUUUGACCCCAAAGAGGAAUGCAACCCACCUCUCAAGAAGAGAAACCGAGAUGACGACAGCGACGAUGAGUGGCAACCGGAUCAGAAUGCUUUUAAUGCAAUCGCGGUCUGAGAUCGUCCAUGUAGUGGAGCGGCCUGAACAGACUUGACCACCCCCAAGUAUUGAACUUGGAGGCCACCUCGACAUUUGGGAUCAACAACAAUAACGCCAACACUAUUGGCAAUACCUGGUUGGACUUGGGAGUGGAAACAUGACUUGGAUA